AUGCCAACAACCACAUCUACCAUACCAACUACCACAACUACCAUUACAACAACCACAACUACCCUUCCAACCAUCACAACUACCAUUCCAACUCCCACAACUACCAUUCCAACAACAACAACUACCAAUCCAACAACCACAAGUAUCACAACAGUGGUCCCUACAACAAGUAUCGCUCGUAGGCGGCGACGACGGUGCUCGAUCCGAUUUAACAUUGUGAUCGCUAUUUCUAUAAACAUUGAGGACAGAAAUAGCGACGCUUUCAAAACUUUGGAACUGCGGAUUAUUGUUAUUCUCAGAUUCCUAUACCGCAGAGUUCGAGGGUUCAUUUUGGUGAAUAUAAUCAGCUUUCGGCGCGGGAGUCUGGUGGUGGACCACACGAUUGUGACAUCAGACACACCGGAAGCGACGACUGACGUCACGAACGCACUGGUAGAUCUUGCUUCCGGCGGAACAGUCUCCUACAACAAUCAAUCUGUGACAGCUUCCGGAAUUACCCUAGAAGCAGAUGAUGGCCAAGAAUUCAACAUCACUGCCGGAGAAGAUCGUUGUGAUGCCUUCACACUGUUGUCCAGCUGUGGUCAAGGUCGCCAGUGUCUUGUGAUCGACAGCCAGGCUGUGUGCGUGGAACCGGAAACACUAGAUGGAAACGGAUUGGUUAUCGGCCUUGCUGUCGGGCUACCUGUUCUGUGUACCUUCUUACUCUUCCUCAUGCUGUUUAAAUGUUACCGAGGCCGAUACGAAAAGGACGAACCUAGCAAAAAUGAUGACAGUCUAGCGAUAUACGCCUCCAAUAUCCGGUCUCGAUAUAACGCUGGUGCCCCUGACUGGAAACAACAACCAUCAUUUUAUCUAAAUCGAAGUUGGGAAGGCGAGUCGAGUCAAUCUGAUGCAGUACCUUCCUUCAGCUACUUAGACGCGUUUAACCAGGACAGAAUAAUCCGAAAAGAUAUCUACAAUGGAUUUCGAUUCGAUAUGGACAAGCGAAAACUACGAAAAUUGGACCUCACAGAAACCCAGAGCGAUGUUUAACAGUAAGUGCAGUAGAUGUUCCAUACGGAUGUAAAAGCUUCAUGAACUAUCAGUAUCCUGUCUGCAUCUUCAGACUAACGGGAACCACGCAUCCUUACAUGAUCUUCGUCUGUUGUGGAGAAAAAUCUAACGUUUCAUCACAGUAACACUAGAAACACUCUUCUUUCGUUGCAUUCAAGCUAUUUUUAUGUUUCAAUGCAUAUCUAUCCCAUAAUUGUUAUAUGUUUCAUUACUUCUAGAUCCUAAGGUAAUCUUUGAAAAUUUAAGAAAAAAAGUCACACUUCGUUGCGUGACGUCAGAAUACUUUGUGUUUUUGAUGUGCAUAAUGACAUCACGUCUAUUAUGGAUUAUUGUUCGAUACGAGAUGACAAAUCAUACCUUAAGUAAAGAGAAUUGUAAAAUUUAAAAUCUAAAUGGACGAAAUGCAUUAAGUGCAGUAACAUUAAAUUGCUUUGGCUUUCUUCAUCGGCCUUAUGAUUUUUUUAAUUUGUUUUGAAAAUCAGAAAUCCAACUGGUGGUAAUCGACUUAUUCUCAAAAACAAUGUAUUCACUGAGGGUCUUAGAUUUGUUUUUGAUUUUUUUAUAUAUAACGUUAUCAAUAAUCACUGCCAUAUAUAUAUGUGAUCGUCGGACAAAAUUAAUCGACUCCAAUAUAUUUUGUUUCUAUUUCAUAUUACGUUGAUAGAUUUAAACAAUUGUGAACAUAACUACAUCAUAAAUUUGAGUUGUAGUUUGGUUUCAUUUUGUUUUAAGACGUAAUGGUACUAAUGUUUUCAUGAAAAAUCAGUUCAGAAUAUGCCUUUACAUUUUACCCACCCAACCAUAUAUAUAUAUAUUAUAAAAAGAAAAAUUCUCAACAACGAGUCUUUAGUACUUUCAUCUCUUCUAGGGGA